AUGGGGAAAGGAGCAUGAAGAAGAUCCGGUGCUUCAGGCUCCUGCCUGUCCUGAGUCUCCUGUUGACUCUCUCAGAAGGAGAUACUCAGGUGAGCUGUGUUUUAAAUGAGAGAUGCAUUUUACCUUGUGAGCUCCAGGCUGGAACAGAUCCUGUCAUCCACUGGAUUCAAGACUCGACACGGAAACCUUUUGUCCAUUCCUUCUACAAUAAUCAAAGCCAGCUGGGACACCAGGACCAGCAGUUUAGAGGCAGAACGUCUCUGUUCACAGAUCAGAUCCCCAGAAGAAACGUCUCUCUGCUGCUCACAGCCGUGAAGAUCCAAGAUGAAGGACGAUACACAUGCCGCACAAGUACCUCCGAAAGCAACAAAAAAGCAUCUGUUGACCUAAAAAUAGAAGCUCCAGGUUCUGACAUCAGAAUCCAUCAGGAUGGAAACAGAAUCACCUGCAGCUCAGAGGGGAUCUACCCUCAACCUGAACUCACCUGGUCCACUGAGCCUCCAUCCAACACGGCUCUGCAGAGCAGAACCACAGUCCAUCAGACUGAGGAGAAGCUUUAUGACAUCAGCAGCUCUCUGAUGGACCACGACCCUAAUUUGACCUACUACUGCACCGUUAAAACUCAAACGAACCAAAAGACAGGUGUGGUCAAACCUGAUAUUUCAACAAAGAUCUCUAGAACGGUGAUUGGGGUUCCACUAGCAUUAAUGAUCACAGUGGUGGUUGUGGCAGUUUUAACAAUAAAAGGCUGCAAAAAAACCAACACAAAGACACCAAACAAGCCUGAAACUCAUGGGAACUCCUUGACAUCUGAGGACUGUCUGAAAGAAUCAAACUCUGCUGCUAUAGAAGAAAAGAAUCAAGAUUCUGUGACGUCCACUGCACAACUUUUAUCUCUUUGACUUUCCCAAAACGUCUUUCAUACCAGGCAAUGUUUCCACGAGGACAACAACAAUGUCCUCAAGAAGUUACUAUCUUAAGAUGUUAAAAUACUUUUCCAAAGCCUAUUUCUUCCAUUAAAUUGAUAAUAAUUAUAUAUGAGCAGGGAAACUAAUAGAAAGAAAACACUUUUUCAACAAAGCACAUCUCUAAAUUAUAGCUGUUUAAAUAAGAUCACAGUCUGAGUUAUUAAGUUAACAAGUUACAUUCACUAAAAUUGCAUUAUUUUGUUUUUCUGUUUAUACAAAAAGAAGAGUUGACAAGUUUACAUGUAUUUUUACAGCAGGAAGAACUAAUUAGGUUUUACAGUGGAGAUGAGCUAUGUGUAUUAUUAUGUCAUUCCAACUUGCUCAAAUGCAUUGACUUAGCUGAGUUCUGUAAACUUAAAAUGAACUAAAUUGCACAUAUUUGCUUACAUUUUUUUCUUAUUAAGUUCUUUUUGUAUUUUCAUAACAUAUUGUCUGUACAGGAAAUGUCUCACAGCUGCUGCCUCUGCAGCUACGUUCCGGGCGAGAGGCGGGGUUUACCCUGGACAGGUCACCGAUCUGUCGCAGGGCAACACAGAGACAGACAACACACACACACACACACACACACACACACACACACACACACACACACACCAAGGGAGAAUUUAGAGAAACCAAUUAACAGUCAUGUUUUUGGACUGAUGGAGGAAGCUGGAGUACCUGGAGAAAAUUCACUCAUGCACAGGGAGAACAUGAAAGAGCCGGGCCGGGAAUCGAACCCAGAACCUGCAAGGCAGCAGUGCUGCCAACUGUGCCACUGUGCGUAUAAAUAUAAAUGUAUAUUAGUUUAUAAUAUAAUAAAUGGCAAUGUGUCAUUUAGAAUAGAAUAUGACACACUUUAUUGAUCCCCAAAGGGAAAUGAUAUAAAUGAGAGCAGAGAAAAUUAGAUUUAAGUUACUCAGACUUGGGCUUUGUACAUCCUAAUGGCUACAGACAGAAAUGAUGUCUUUAUUGAUCUGUUAUCAGUAUGAAGGGUGUUUUAAAAAUAAACUUGUUUAUUGAUUGA